AUGUUAAGACCAGAAACCACAGAGAAUAACUCGAUGGAAGAUUCGCUUGAGAUGUUUUGCCGAGGAGUGAGCCUUUUUGGGCCGUUUUGGGAUCACAUGUUGGGGUACUACAAGGAGAGUUUGGAGAGGCCGGAAAAGGUAAUGUUUCUUAUGUUUGAGGAGCUUAAGAGUGAGCCUGUUAGAGUUUUGAAGGACCUAGCUGAGUUCAUGGGGUAUGGUUUUUCUGAAGAGGAAGAUAAAAGUGCUGUUGUGGGUAAUAUAUUGAGGCUAUGUAGUUUUGAGAAUUUGAGCAAUUUGGAAGUAAACAAGACUGGAAAGUUGUCCACUGGAAUGGAGAAUAAGAAUUUUUUAGACGCGGAGAAGUUGGAGAUUCCAAGAAUUAUCUCACAUCAGACAUGA